GUUGCGGUCGUAACAGGCGGCAAUAGUGGGAUUGGAUACAUAACAGCUCGCGAACUUGCCCGAAAAAACGCACAUGUGAUUGUGUGCAGCAGAAGCAUCGAAAGAGGACAAAUGGCCGUCGAUAAAAUCAAAGUAGAAACUAACAAUGAUAAAGUAGAAGUUUUGCAAUUGGAUUUGUCGGAUUGGAAGAAUACCAAGGACGCAGCGGAUAGUUUAGUUGCUAGGAAAUUGCCGUUACAUAUUCUCGUUAAUAAUGCUGCAAUCAUGGCAACACCAUACGAAUUAAAUGAACAUGGAAUUGAAAAACAAUUUGCAACAAAUCAUGUCGGUCAUUUUGCGUUAACUGAGACCCUCUUACCAGUUAUUGAAGCAUCAGCUCCUUCGCGCAUUGUAAACAUUACCGGUAAUCUCUAUAAUCGUGCUCCAAAAACUGGGAUAAAUUUUGACGAUAUCAACCUUGAAAAAGAAAGCUCAUUGACUCGAUAUGGUCAGUCGAAAACCGCAAAUAUCUUGUUUACUAUUGAAUUAGCGAAACGACUUGAAGGAAAACAGGUAUGGGCGAAUGUAGUUCAUCCAGGUGUCGUCAAGACAAACCUAAUACAAGGAUUCUUAUCCGAUAAAGGGUUCUUGACUAAAGCAAUCAUCUACGUUGUAAAAUUUUUUUUGAUGAACGUAGAAGAUGGUUCUCUAACGUCAUUAUACGCGGCUACGAGCCCUGAAAUUGAAAAAGAAAAUUAUCGCGGCAAGUAUUUUGUGCCGAUUGCGGAAUUGGGAACGCCGGAACCAUUUGCCACGAAUCAAGAGACUGCUAGUAGGUUGUGGAAAUGGACUAAGGACUUGCUCAAUGAGAAACUAGGCAUUUGA